GCAACCACCUCGUUUCCAGGUUCAUCCUGGUAUUCCCCAUAUAUAUUUUAUAUUAAUAUAUACAGCAUAUUCUCAAAGAAUAUGCUUUUUUUCUACUUUUUUUGGCUCAAGACAUGCAAAGUUGUGCUUUGCAUGGGUGCUUAAUGGUGUGACCCAUCAAAGCUUUAAACAUGCAUGGACUCUCAGCUUUACAUUCAGAAGUAAAGGCUUAAAAUACAAGCCUUUACACUUUUCCUGCUUCCCAUGACCCUGAAGGCUUGAAACCAAGCACUUUUGGCUGUCUAGGUUGUGGUCACAGCGGAUGAUUCCCGCUGAUACUAUGUCUUUUUGCUUGCGAUGAACUUCUGGUGAUUUUGGUGAUUGAUUUCGGCGGUCUGUCAAAAUUGGCUACCUGCCGGCAGUGGCUCUGCAGCCUCGACCGGCUGUGUAUAUGGGGGACCAUGGUCCACCGUACCAACAUAUGAUGCAACUUAUGGCACCUGCCAUGAAUGACGCCUCACCCGUCAACCAAACGUUGACAACUGUGACAGCUGUCUCCACACAAGCUAAGGAGGAAGAACUUGAGCCUGACGAUGAACAGUCGGUCGCCGAGGACAAGAAACUGGAAUAUGUCUAUUGCGGAAUCGACUGGAAGCCGUUUCUUCCAACGGCUCUGGUUUCCUCGACUGUGGCGGGAGCAAUCUGUGUGUUUCUCAUCCAGAUCCCUAUAAUUUGCAGGGCAACGGGAAUGCGCGAGGUGGCACUCUACACGACCUUCGGUGUCUUGUUUUUGAUCACUCUGGGGUGCAUGAUGUACACGAUCAACGCCGACCCCGGUCUAUCGAGGAGGACGCGCAAUGUGAGCCACGACAUCGAAGAGGGGUUGCCGCAACGUGCCCACAAGUCGCGUCAGUAUGACCAUCCAAUUCGCCGCUAUGACCAUUACUGCAAAUGGGUGAACAACGUCAUCGGCCUGCUGAACCACCGGGAGUUCAUCCUGAUGGUUGGUGGUUUGAUUGCCAUAGCGCUGCUCGGCGUUCUCAUGGAUCUAUGGGUUGCCAUUUUGUUGGCCGAGGAGGGAUCAUUGGACGCCGAAGUCGCCGUUGCGUUGCACUUGGGGUACUCAGUGGCCCUGCUGGCUGUUGCUGGGCCAAUAAUGAAGAUUCAUUUUGGCUUGAUCUCCAGGAAUGAGUUGGCGCAAGAGUGGAGGAGCAACCAACACUACGUUGCAAACAACACCAGUAAGGGCGACAAUGUUUAUGUCGAGGAGCUGUCGGAUGACGAGUUCAAUGAAAUUUUCGACCGUGGAGAGUUCAUCUAUGACAAGAACAGGAAUCCCUUUGACCAUGGUUUCGCGCGGAAUUGCUUGAACUUCUGGUGCAAGCCCCGCUGGCCCGCUGUGCCUCGUCAAGCUUCGUGUUGCAACGAUUCCUAUUUCCUUUGAUGCUCUCAGUUUUAUCAUUUGAUCGAGGAUUCAAGUGGAAACUUCUGAGCUUCCUGAUGGCUCCAGUUUCACCCGCUGAAACCCAAAGAGUUCAGCGCGUGUCAAUGACAUUCUUCACUGCGCAUACCAUAAAGUCAAAAAAACGAGCCGGCUGCGCAUACAGGAUUUGUCAAUCACGCAGCGGCCCGUUCUUCCGAUCAAAAGCACGCGCGCAGAGCGAGAAGCUGUCUUGCGUAUGGACC